AUGUUUGGAGGUUAUCCCAGCGGGUCUACAACUUUGGUCAUCUGGCAGUUGCACAAAGACAGUUGUUCCAGGAAUCUGGUCCUAAUUACCGUACAACAAGCGGUGGAAAUUAGAAAUGGAUCAAUGGAAAGUGUAUAUGUUACUGUGCGAGUUGUGGACAGCAUUGAGAAGUUUGUUCUGGAGUUGCCGCCGGCGCCGCGUAGCCAGACGUACGAGCCUCAACAUGCCAGACGGAUGUUAGUGGUGUUGGUGGUGGUGGUACAUGGUGGUGGUGGCGAGGAAGUCUCAGCACAGCACCACCAACACUGGCUUUCCUCCAACCAUGACCUGUUGUCAGCCCUCACUUGGGCUUCCCUCGACCAUAACUACCUCAACCAGCCCACUCUCUUGACGUCCUUAGAGAACCUCAAUUUAACCUCCAUAGAAAGUCUUGGUGGAUCUGGUCUAGACUUGAGCUUCCUGGAGGGACUGAACAAGACCUCUGGCUCUCUGACCUCCACUGACCUGACCUUUGCUUUAUACCGUCCACGCAGGAAGAGGAAUCUUGCAAUAGUUUAUAACCAGCUUCUCAAUAUUCAGGUCGAGGUGAAGUUGUUGUUUCCCUUGUUAAACAUCUACGCCUCAGAUAACCUCAACAUUGAGGUUCCCUUUGCUUACCAGAUGAACAUCCCCGUUAAGACUAAGACCUUAAUGGUUGGUAAAGAAGAAGAGGAAGUUCCCUUGGAGGAAGCCAUUGAUGACAUGACCAGUGACCUGGAGGGACUCAUUGCCAUGUAA